AUGGAAAAAAAUAAUCUUCAAAUUAGAAAAGAUUAUAAUCGUCUUAAUAAAAUACUUCUUGAAGAAGAUGAGUGGGAUUUUAUGCUGGAAAUGAUUAACAUAUUAGGACCAUUUUACAAAUCAACGCUAAUGUUGGGAGCUAGCAAUUAUGUAACAAUUAGUUUGAUGUAUCCUGUGAUUGAAGCUUUAAAAGAAAAAUUCAAAGUAGAUGAAUAUUGUGAUGAACCAAUUCUUGAAUCAUCAGAAACUGUAUUUGAUGAAAUAGAAGAUAAAUGGAGUUGUGAUCCAUUUGAAGCUUGUAAAUUGAAAAAUGGUGAUAUAAUAGAAAGAGGCGCACAAGAUAUGAAAUGUGUAGGUGCUAGUUAUCUAGAGGCAAUGAGAUGUUUUAAAAAUCAAUCAAAACAACCUAUCAGAACAAUUCACUUAUCAUUUGUUCCAGAUGAAGAAAUUGGUGGUGUGGAUGGUAUGUAUAAAUUUGUGAAUUCUGACGAUUUUAAAAGUCUGAAUGUUGGGUUUGCGCUAGAUGAAGGAAUUUCUUCUCCAAAUAAUAAUUUAAGAUUAUUUUUUGGUGAACGAGCACCUUGGUGGAUAACUGUAACUAGUAGAGGUAACACAGGGCAUGGAUCACAAUUCAUUGAAAAUACUGCAACUUAUAAAUUGCAUCGAAUCAUUAAUAAAUUUAUGCAAUUUCGGGACUCUCAGGAACAACAACUAAGAUUUAGUGUACAUGCGGAUGGAAGAAAAUACACUCUUGGUGAUGUUACAAGUGUUAAUCUUACAUUAUUAGAAGCUGGGGUUCAACAUAAUGUCAUUCCAUUAGAAGCAAAGGCUGGUUUUGAUAUCCGCGUUUCCCCAAAUGUUAAUUUGACAGAAUUCAAAAAAUUUCUUGAGGAUUUGAUUUAUUCAGAAUCAGAGACUACCUUUGAAUUUGCACAAUGUCAUGAAGACAAUACCUGUACUCAUUUAGUUGAUACUAAUAUAUGGUGGGUGACAUUUCAAGAUGUUUGUAAAAACCG